GUUGCGACGAUGGCGCUCCGCUGGGGUAUCGUGUCAGUCGGCCUAUUCUCCAGCGACUUCACGGCUGUGCUGCGAAUGCUGCUUCGCUCCGAGCAUUAGGUCCGCUCUCCCUUUGCAGUCUGCAGGAGCCCCUUAAGUCUGACCCGGGCGACCCUCCAGGCGGUGGCGGUGGCGGCCGGCGAUCUCAGCCGAGCGAAGGAGUUUGCACGUAAACACCACAACCCCAAGGCUUACGGCUCCUAUGAGGAGCUGGCCAAAGACCCGAACAGGUGGCCUACAUUGGCACCCAGCACCCCCAGCACAAGGUGGUGGUGCUGCUGUCCCUGGCAGCAGGCAAGGCUGUCCUGUGUGAGAAGCCCAUGGGCAUGACCGCCGCAGAAGUGCAUGAGAUGGUUGCCGAGGCCCGAUCCUGAGGCCUCUUCCUUAUGGAGGCCAUCUGGACAUGCUUUUUUCCUGCCUCAGAGGCUCUGAGGUCUGUUUUGGCCCAGGGAACUCUGGGAGACCUCCGGGUGGCUCGGGCAGAAUUUGGGAAGGACCUCACUCACGUACCCUGGCCUGUAGACUGGGCCCAGGCUGGUCGAGGCCUGCUGGACAUUGGGAUCUACUGCCUCCAGUUUAUCUCCAUGGUCUUUGGUGGACAGAAGCCAGAGAAGAUUUCAGCCAUGGGAAGGCGCCAUGAAACAGGUGUGGACGACACUGUCUCUGUGCUGCUGCAAUACCCAGGAGGGGUCCAUGGUAGCUUCACCUGCAGCAUCACUGCCCAGCUCUCCAACACCGCCCUUGUGAUCAGUACCAAGGGCAUGGCCCAGAUCCUUGAUCCCUGCUGGUGCCCAACAGAGCUGGUGGUGCAAGGGCAACAUAAGGAGUUCCCACUGCCCCCAGGCCCGAAAGAGUGCAAUUUUACAAAUGGGAUAGGCAUGAGUUAUGAGGCCAAGCAUGUCCGGGAUUGUCUGUGCAAGGGCCUGAAGGAAAGUCCUGUGAUUCCUCUGGCAGAAAGUGAGCUCUUGGCUGACAUCCUUGAAGAGGUGAGGAAGGCCCUUGGAGUCACCUUCCUCCAAGACAAAUACUGAUGUAUUUCCUGAAUAAAUA